AGAUCAAGAGGGCAGACUUGGCAGCUGACCAAGUUAGUAGGCAGGCUGGGUCCUUGCUCCUCUCCUGAUUUACCCCCAUUGUCUAUUCUGAGCUGGUCCCUAGAAGGGACUUCUGUGUCCCUCUAAGUGUCAGAACUACCCUCAGAAUUUGGGGUCUAUCAUAAUGGGAGGGGUUUGAGCUGGGUGUGAUUUGUUUGGGAUGACGUGGGAGGGAAUGCUGCUUGUGCACUGUCGAACAUUUGGCUGAAGCUCGUUCCUGUGCGGGGCCUGAGAAAGUCCUUCUGUGGGGCUUGUGUCCAUCGCACGGUCAAUAAAGCAUCCUUGCAUUUUGCAAACCAGAGCAGACUACUUUUUUUUUUUAUCAUAUUCUAUCCUGCCCCGGCUACAGCCAGGGAGUUGAAGUGUGACAGGUCAAAGGCUGGAUUAAACAUUAACAGAGCUGUCACCUCCGCUCAGAGGAGUAAGCGCCCCAAAGCCGAGCUGCAGAGCUGUCUAUGGCCCCAGGCUGACCAGUAGACAUGGCUCAAUUUGGCCAGGUCCUGGCUGAAAUAGGCGACUUUGGUCGCUUCCAGAUACAGCUGGUGAUGCUGCUGAGUAUUCCCAGCUUCCUGUCCUCUUACUACAUGUUUGCCCAGGUCUUCAUGAUCCAGCACGAGGCCCACCACUGCUCAGUAGCCUGGGUCAAGAACCACACUCUGAACCUGAGUGCGGCUGAACAGCUGACACUGAGCGUGCCCCUGGAGGCUGCAGGCAAGCCUGAGUCCUGCCUUAUGUUCCGGCCGCCCCCGGACGACGCCAGCCUGGAGGACAUCCUCAGCCACCACUUCAACGAGACGCAGCCUUGUGAGGCAGGCUGGGAGUAUCCUGAAGACAGGCCCCCGUCCCUAAAGAACGAGUUCAACCUCGUUUGUGGUCAGAAGCACCUGAAGGAGACCUCGCAGUCGGUGUUCAUGGCCGGGCUCCUCACUGGGGCUCUCAUCUUCGGGCCCCUCUGUGACCGGAUUGGCCGCAAGGUCAGUAUCCUGGUGCAGCUGCUACUCUUCGCCCUCCUCGGCCUGACCACGGCCUUUGUGCCCAGCUUUGAGCUCUACAUGGUCCUGCGCUUUGCUGUGGCUACUGCUGUCUCUGGGUUCACCUUCAGCAACGUCUCCCUACUUACAGAGUGGGUGGGGCCCUCCAGGAGGACUCAGGCCGUGAUCCUGGUCCAGUGCGCCUUCUCCCUGGGUCAGAUGGCAUUAGCAGGACUCGCCUAUGGCGUCCGAAACUGGAGGUAUUUCCAAAUGGCCGGCACCGCACCUGUCUUGCUACUCUUCUUCUACAUCUGGGCUCUGCCAGAGUCAGCACGGUGGCUUCUGACAAGAGGGAGGGUGGAGGAGGCCAAGCAAGUGAUCCAGAAGGCGGCCUCCGUCAACAGGCGGAAACUCUCCCCAGAGCUCCUGAGCCAGGUUUGUGGACAGUCUGGGGUACUUUGGCCUGAGCUUCCAAGUCGGCGACUUUGGCCUGGACAUCUACCUGACGCAGCUCGUCUUCGGAGCCGUGGAGGUUCCCGCCCGCUGCCUCAGCCUCUUCAUGAUGCAGUGGUUGGGCCGCAAGUGGAGCCAGAUGCUGACUCUGGUUCUGGGUGGCCUCGUGUGCAUCGGCAUCGUCUUUGUCCCAGCAGAUCUGCCGGUGGUGGUCACUGUGCUGGCCGUGGCGGGCAAGUUCGCCAUGGCCGCCAGCUUUACUGUCUCCUACGUGUACUGUGCCGAGCUCUUCCCCACCGUCAUCCGGCAGACAGGCAUGGGGCUGAUGGGCAUCUCCUCGAGGAUCGGGGGGAUCCUCACCCCUCUCGUGAUCCUGCUGGGCGAGUACCAGGCAGCCCUCCCUAUGCUCAUCUACGGCAGCCUCCCCAUCGGGGCAGGCUUCCUCUGUGCCCUGUUGCCGGAGACACGGGGCCAGCCCCUGAAGGACACCAUCAAGGAGCUGGAGGAGGAGCCCCACCCACGGUCUCUGGAGUCAGCACCUUCAGAAAAGGAAACAGAGGCUUCAGGAAGAACUUCCAGCCCAGGGGUGACCUUCGCGAGCAGCACGUACUUCUGAUUGUGUCCCUGGAGUCGGAGCACAGCAGGGAGCUGCCUGGACACCCCCUGGAAAUGGCUGGGGGCUGCCGGCACGGCCCCCCUCGCAGUUGGAGGCAGCACACCCCUGACCUGGUCCCCGUCCCGGCCGCUGGCUGCCCGGUCCUAAAGUGUCUGUGAGGGCCUCCCUCUUCUCGUCACCCCUCACCACCUUCCUCAACCCAGCCCACCCCCACCCCUGUUCUGGGGUCGGGCCUUGAGCGUUUCUUGGGCUUCCCUGGUUCUCUAAUAGACUUGUGGGCUUACGGCUCCUCUAGUUCCCUCAGUCUGGGGUCCCCCUGCCCUCAAAACGUUUAAGCCCAGAGCAGAGCAGAUGGGUAGGGCCUUUCCAAGAAUGCAGCAGCAGGGGGAGAGGAAGUUGGAAGCCGCGGCCGGUACCCAGGCCGGUGGGAGAAAAGGCUGUGGAUGGGGAGGUUGUAGUUCCUUCCGGUGGCUGGGCCGGGCCCCGCUGGCUCAGGGGGAGGCCCCACAGGACCCGCCAUCCUGCUGAGAGAGGACUCUGUCUGCUGGAAACCAAAGCUUCAGUGCUGUCCUCUCUUCAAAGAGCCUCCACCCCUGCUCCGCGUUCAGUCCAGCUCAUACCUGACCUCGUGGCCCAGGGACCGGCAGUGGGGAAAGGGAGGAGGCUGGUUGUUCCCGUCCUCACCUCCCUCCUCCCUCUCACCUCUGCUGCUUCUGGCUCCUGCAGGGCCAGGGGAAAGGGCUUUCUGCUCUGCUGCUGCUGGCCGUGGUUCUUUCCCUGCGUGUACUGGCUGGUCAUCAGCGAGUGUUCUCUGGCAGGCUUCUAACAGCUCCUCCAUGGGGACACAUCGGUGGAUUUCUCAGCGGUGCUCCCAGGACCCCUGCCUUGUUCCUUCAUCCAAGGAGCGUACUCACAGCUGACCUCCAGGGCCCUCUCUUCAGCUCUUGCCCCAGCACUGCUGCCCCCAUCAUGUCUCUUACUGCCAGCAUUCCUCAUCUUACGAGACAGCCCUCCUGGCUGCGUCCCAUCAAGGGACCUCCAGCUAGAGUGCCUUCCCCGGUAGCCACCUGGCCCACAAGAGCACCAUACAUCCUUGCACCAGCAAAGAGUGGAAAAGAGCUUGCCCGGCCUCUUCCCCUCCUGUGCCCUUCCUCCAAGGCCUCCCCAGCUAACUGCCCUGCAGACAGUGAGGUUCCGCCUCUCCCCAGAGGCCCAGGCCUGAAGAGGGGUUCCUUCUGGACCUCCCUCCCUUUCUCCCACUCACCUUCCCUAAUGGAGGCUGGAGGGAGUGCUCCCCAUCUUUGUAAAUCUGGCUCGAAGGUCUCCAGCACCUCUUUUGAAUACGCGAAUCUUUAUUGAGGACAUAACAAAAGGCAAGUUGGCACUCCACGUUCCCCUCCCCCAAGGUGGGAGUGGGACACAUGGGACAUUUCUCAGACUCAUGACCAAAGGAAGGAAAAAGCCAAUGGUCACCUGAUAAAGAUCACAGUCAUAAAGGACACAAGACUCCAUCAGUUUGUAACUGUCUUCGUGAUUUACAAGAAAAGCACAAUCCUAGGAAUAGUCAGACCUCCAGAAACCUAUAGACUCAAUUUCUUGGAGCCCUAACGUCACCUCCUCCCUUCAUAGGAUAAAAAGCCCUACACAAUCAGUCACUCCUCACACUUAGAAUGCAGAUUUUUCUGCCCACGAGUUCUGUCCUCGGACCUUAAUAAAAUCACUCUUUUUUUGCACCAAAAA